GGGGGGAAUGCGGUGCUGCUGUUGCUGCAGGCACAGGGCUGCCUUCCCUGCUGAAGUCGCCAGCCGCGCGUCGGCGGAUCUCCGGCGCUGGCGAGUCUAGGGGGCCGGCCGGCAGACGAAAGAGCUGUUCUUCACAGCGAGAGCUUCUAAGAUGUGAUCUUGAUUGAAAAGAAAGAAAAGCAUCCCUGUCCACUCAAACAUAACAGUUGGAUAAGUGCUACUUGGGUGGCAGUUCCACAUAAUGGCAAAGCCAUAUGAAUUUAACUGGCAGAAGCCAGUUCCAUCCUUUCUACAAGAUGGAGCCGUGUUUGACAGAUAUGAAGAGGAGUCUUUUGUCUUUGAACCAAACUGUCUCUUUAAAGUGGAUGAAUUUGGCUUCUUUAUCACAUGGAAAAGUGAAGGAAAGGAAGGGCAAGUUUUGGAAUGCUCUCUGAUCAAUAGUAUUCGCUUUGGAGCAGUCCCAAAGGAUCCAAAAAUAUUAGCUGCUCUCGAGGCUGUUGGCAAGACAGAAAACGAACUUGAAGGGAAAAUAGUUUGUGUCUGUAGCGGCACUGAUCUGGUGAACAUCAGCUUCACGUAUAUGGUAGCAGAAAGCACCGAAGAUGCGAAGCAAUGGGUUGACGGACUCAGAUCAAUCAUCUGUAACUUUCGAGCUAACAAUGUCUGCCCCAUGACAUGCCUCAAGAAACAUUGGAUGAAACUGGCAUUUCUGACAAACGCUAAUGGCAAGAUUCCAGUUAGAAGCAUUACCAGAACUUUUGCAUCAGGUAAAACUGAAAAAGUGAUCUUUCAAGCACUUAAGGAAUUGGGUCUUCCCAGUGGAAAGAAUGAUGAAAUAGAGCCUUCGGCUUUUACUUACGAGAAAUUUUAUGAACUGACUCAGAAGAUAUGUCCUCGAACUGAUAUAGAGGAUCUUUUUAGGAAAAUCAAUGGAGACAAAACUGAUUAUUUAACGGUAGAACCAAUUUAUUCUUUAAUCAAUAAACAUCAACGAGAUCCUCGGCUGAAUGAAAUUUUAUUUCCGUUCUAUGAUCCCAAACGAGCAAUGCAGAUAAUUGAGACAUACGAGCCAGAUGAUGAUUUAAAAGGCAAGGGUCUCAUGUCAAGUGAUGGGUUUUGCCGAUACUUGAUGUCCGACGAGAAUGCCCCUGUCUUCCUGGACCGUUUAGAACUAUACCAAGAAAUGGAACAACCCUUGGCUCACUACUUCAUUAGCUCCUCCCACAACACGUAUCUCACCGGGAGACAGUUUGGUGGGAAGUCAUCUGUGGAGAUGUAUAGACAAGUCCUCUUAGCCGGAUGCAGAUGUGUCGAACUCGAUUGCUGGGAUGGCAAAGGUGAAGACCAGGAACCGAUAAUAACUCACGGAAAGGCAAUGUGUACAGACAUUCUUUUCAAGGAUGUGAUUCAAGCCAUUAAGGAAACAGCAUUUGUAACAUCUGAUUAUCCUGUCAUCCUGUCCUUUGAAAAUCACUGCAGCAAAUAUCAACAAUACAAAAUGUCAAAAUACUGUGAAGAUCUGUUUGGAGACCUUCUAUUAAAGCAGCCACUUGAAACUCAUCCACUCGAACCAGGAAGACCGCUGCCUUCCCCAAAUGAUCUCAAAAGAAAAAUUCUGAUUAAAAACAAAAGGUUGAAAACUGAAGUGGAAAAAAAACAGCUUGAAACUUUGAAAAGUAUGAUGGAAGCUGGUGAAACAGCUGCUCCUGUUAGCAUCUUGGAAGAUGACAAUGAAGAAGAGAUAGAAAGUGCUGACCAGGAAGAAGAAGCCCAUCCAGAAUACAAAUUUGGAAGUGAGCUGUCCGCAGACGACUUGAGCCAAAAAGAAUCAGUGGCGAACAACGUGAAAAAGGCUGUGGACGAUUCUGAACAAGAAAACAAUAAAAAGGGUGUCAUAACCGCAGAAGAUGAGCAAGCAUGGAUGGCGUCUUACAAAUAUGUAGGUGCCACAACGAAUAUACACCCAUACUUAUCAACGUUGAUCAACUACGCUCAGCCGGUUAAGUUUCAAGGUUUCCAUGUAGCAGAAGAACGCAACAUUCACUACAACAUGUCCUCUUUUAAUGAGUCUGUCGGGCUGGGUUAUUUGAAAACACACGCAAUUGAAUUUGUGAACUAUAAUAAACGGCAAAUGAGUCGGAUUUACCCGAAGGGAGGAAGAGUGGAUUCUAGCAAUUACAUGCCUCAAAUUUUCUGGAACGCUGGAUGCCAGAUGGUCUCGCUCAACUAUCAGACCCCAGAUUUAGCAAUGCAGUUGAAUCAGGGGAAAUUUGAAUAUAAUGGGUCGUGCGGGUUUCUUCUUAAACCAGAUUUUAUGCGGCGCCCAGAUCGAACCUUUGACCCUUUCUCUGAAACGCCUGUCGAUGGUGUGAUUGCAGCAACUUGUUCAGUGCAGGUAAUAUCUGGCCAGUUUCUAUCAGACAAAAAAAUUGGGACCUACGUAGAAGUGGAUAUGUACGGCCUGCCCACCGAUACAAUACGUAAAGAAUUUCGAACACGGAUGGUGAUGAACAAUGGUUUGAAUCCAGUUUACAAUGAAGAGUCAUUUGUGUUCCGAAAGGUCAUUCUGCCAGACCUUGCAGUCUUGAGGAUAGCUGUUUAUGACGACAACAACAAACUGAUUGGCCAAAGGAUCCUUCCUCUGGAUGGUCUUCAGGCAGGUUACAGACAUAUUUCUCUUCGAAACGAAGGCAAUAAACCAUUGUCUCUGCCAACCGUCUUCUGCAACAUUGUACUCAAAACUUACGUGCCUGAUGGCUUCGGAGACAUCGUCGAUGCCUUGUCAGAUCCAAAGAAAUUUUUAUCCGUCAUGGAGAAAAGAGCAGACCAGAUGAGAGCUAUGGGAAUUGAAACAAGUGAUAUAGCUGACGUUCCCAACGAUACCUCGAAGAACGACAAGAAAGGCAAAGCUAAUAACCCCAAAGCAAACGUCACUCCUCAGACUAGUUCUGAACUUAGACCAAAUACCACUUGGGUAGGGCCUGGAAUGGAAACUAAGAAAGGUAUAGACCUUAGUCCUCAAAUAAAGAUAGAGGACUUGAAGCAAAUGAAGGGAUACAUAAAGCAUUUGAAGAAACAGCAGAAAGAGCUCAAUGCUUUGAAGAAGAGACAUGCAAAGGAACACUGUGUCAUGCAGAAGUUACAUUGCACGCAAGUUGACAAAAUAGUAGCACAUUACGACAAAGAGAAGUUAGCUUAUGAGAAAAUCCUCGAGAAGGCAAUCAAGAAAAAGGGAGGAAAUAAUUGCCUUGAGGUGAAGAAAGAAAUAGAAGAUAAAAUUCAGAUACUAACAUCAGAUCACAAAUCUAAGGUAAAAGAAAUUGUGGCACAGCACACAAAAGAGUGGUCUGAGAUGAUCAACACCCACAGUGCCGAAGAGCAAGAGAUGCGUGAUUUUCACCUGAGCCAGCAGUGCGAGUUACUAAAGAAGCUGCUAAUUAAUGCUCAUGAGCAGCAGACCCAGCAAUUGAAGCUUUCUCAUGACAGGGAAAGCAAAGAAAUGCGUGCCAACCAAGCAAAGAUUUCCAUGGAAAAUAGUAAAGCCAUAAGCCAAGAUAAAUCUAUCAAAAACAAAGCAGAAAGAGAGAGGCGCGUCAGGGAACUGAGUAGCAACACAAAGAAGUUUCUGGAGGAGAGAAAGCGACUGGCAAUGAAGCUCAAGGAAAUGGACCAGCUGAAGAAAGUUCAACUGGAGCAUCUAGAAAUUCUGGAGAAACAAAGCAAACAGCUUUUGAAAUCCUGCCAUGCAGUCUGUCAAACUCAAGGCGAAGGAGAUGCAGCAGAUGGUGAAGCUAGAAGCAGAGAUGGACCGCAGGCCAGCAACAGUGGUAUAAUGCUCCAACACACAAACUGAAGUCUGAAACCCCCGUAUGUUUUGUAUUUGCAAAGCCAACUCACUAAAUAUUGGAAGGCGGUGGUGGUGUCUCUUCUACUUAGUGUCAAGCAAGCGUAGCUGGAAAUCACUGGUGAAGAACUUAUAAUUUUUGUAACAUUUGGAGUACUGUAUUUUAUUUUUUAGCAAUCGACGAUGCUUCUAAAAAAAGAGAAGAUUUUUAAAUUAUGUCCAGUUCAGAAGAAAAAUGCUCCCCUUUGAACAAGGAAGGGUGUGUGUGUGUGUGUGUGUGUGUGUGUGUCAGGGCUACAGGAUCAGACCAGUCUAAUACAGCAAAACAUUAUUAUUAUUUUAUAAUAAUUUGCACUUGUCUAUUAUUAACUUAUAUUGAUAUUUUAUAUCAAAUUUUGCCUGGGCUUCUUUUGCUUUUGAGAAAAGCAGGAGUUCCUAGGACCUCGCAGCAUCCUGACCCAAGAGCCUUUGAAAAGGGGUACUUGAUUCCCCCCCCCCAGUAAAUUGCAAUAAAUUUGACACCAUAGCUUAAAGAAAACUGUCUCUUAAGUUUUUCUUUUUACUGUAAGGACAAACUAGAACUACCAGAUUUGAUGAUGUUGCAAAUUAAAAUAAUGUAUUAAGAAACCACCCUCUCUAAAGUUAGUAGAGAAGGUAAACAUGCAGUAUAAAAUCUGUCCAGGUUCUUUUUCCAGAAUUACAUCAUCAAGAAGUGCUGUAUCAGGUUGGUCUUGUCUGGUUGAAGCUACUGUUUUGUACAAUGCUGCUGAAAGGAUUGCCGAGUGGCAAAAUGAAACCAGUCUUUGUGCCAAAUCUACUUAUUAUGACGAAAAGUAAAGGAACUGUAUCGUAGGCACUUUAACAAACGUUUACAUCCUACUCAACAGUUGCAUAUUGAUCCAUUUGUUACCAGUCCCCCAAUACUACAGCUCAUUGUAUCUUAAGUUUUGUUAAAUAGCUGUUUGGGGGGGUGGGUAGGGAGAAUUUGUAACUGCGAAAAUGUAAAGUAUUUAUACACAUGCAAUCACACUAUUGUAGAAGAUCACGUUCCUUUGUCAGCAGUAGUAAACAAAAACCUGUGUGCAUGUGGUACAGACACCAAUUUUUUCAGUGACUAUUGUAUGACCGCCCAGUUAUUCUCUUACUGGUAAACAAAUACAGAGUCUGUAUGAUUAUGAAACAGAAUAUUUGAAUAGCUAACGAGACAUAGGGGUAUUAUAUAUAUAUAAAUAUAUGUGUAUAUGAAUUAUGUGGGCAUUCUUAAUACUUCAAGUUCUAGUUGAAAAAAGAAAGUAUAUUAAUUUAAUUUUACACAAUAUAUUUAUGCAGAUUUUCAGACUUUCAUAUCAGGAAUAACCCUUUUUAUGUCUGUUAUAUAUAUAUACAUAUAUAUAUAUAACCAAACAAUUUGCUACAGUAUUAACGUGCAUGUUCUCAAAGCCCGCUGUAGUUACAACGCAGAACAAUGCAUGCCAGCCUUCUGCUUGGAAUUGUCAACAUAAGAGACCGUGGGAAGCUGGUAGUUUAGAACAAAUCAGACAACUGAUUUCAGUAACGCUGAGUACCAAUCAUGUUGUUGUAUAUGCUUGUACAAACUGAUUCUAUGUAUUCCUUUAAAAAUGACAUAAUGAUGUAACUGUCCCGAGAUACAACUUUCAGGUUCUCUAAUAAAAUUUUGAAAAAAUACCAAUGGA